UUGAAAAACACUGCCCUUCGAGGACUGGUGUAUAGACUGUAAACAAUGUCAGAACUACGAGGGUCGCCACCUCUAACGCGAAACUUGGAGAACGGUUUCGGCGCACCGCUGGCCGCGCUGAGCUCGCUGGCGGAAGCGCCGCCGCCGGCGCCGAACCCGCACGGCAUCGACCACAUCCUGUCGCGGCCGGUGGGCGGCUCGGUGGGCAUGGGCGGCAUGCUGACGCCGCGGCUGUCACUGGCGGCGGCGGCGGCGGGCAUGGCGCACUACCUUCAACACAAGCCGCUCUACUGGCCUGGCUUCCAGGGCCUGGUAUCUAACCCGAUGGCGUGGAGAGACCGGCUGCAAUCCAUGAGCAACGGCGCACUGAGCGCGUGCGCACAAGGCGGGAUGGACAAGGACGGCAAGAAGAAACACACGCGGCCCACGUUCAGCGGGCAACAGAUCUUCGCGCUGGAGAAGACAUUCGAACAGACCAAGUAUUUGGCGGGGCCCGAGCGGGCCAAGCUUGCGUACGCGCUUGGCAUGACGGAAUCGCAAGUCAAGGUAUGGUUUCAAAACAGAAGAACAAAAUGGCGGAAAAAGCACGCGGCCGAAAUGGCGACCGCCAAACGCAAACAAGAAGAGCUCGGCGACGAGUGCGACGACCAGGAGCCCCAGGACAACGACCCCUGCAGCGACGAGGACGAGGCCAAGCGGCCGCGCCUCGACCUCCACCACCCCAUGCACCACCUGCCUCACCAUCGUCAGUGAUCGGUCCCGACAGGCGUCAAAGACUAUGAACCCAACGCCUGUGCAAAAUCUAGUGCUCCCACUGACAUUUACAGACCACCCAGUGACGUUGGAUGGUACUCCUUCCCCGAAGAAGGCCCUUGUGAUCUCUCCAAUUGGCAAGUCAAAAUGAACAAGUUCGAACAGAGUAUGGCGGAGAACGAGAGAGAGAUAGCCACCAGCGAGGUGGAUAGUGAACAAGGUGUGAGUGAAACGAACGAUGAUGCUCAGCCCAUCAAUUUUGCGUAUUAUCAUUUUUAAUGAUAUGUAGGAUUUUAUCCGUUGCUGGCACAUGAAGAUUACAUAUUUCUGUUCUUCAUGAAUAAGAGCGCGUUUAUAUAUAAAUGUAACAUACAUUAUUUAUGCCCUUUUUGCAAGUUUAAUUGACAGGAGAUACAAACGGUCUAAGACCAAAAAAUGUAGUUUUAUUUUAAUAUUUAUUUUAAAUUGGAAAUAAGUGUGCUACAUGUACAGCAACGUUAGAACUUUAAAUUGAAGCUUGAUCUUUAAUGUUGUAAAUAGCUAAAUUUAAGUAGUCACGUGAUAAAAUAAGUAUUUAUUAUAGUUAGAUUUUACAUGGUACUAAAUGUAUUUUGUGAGUAAUUACUAAUAAUUGUAUAUUUUAUGCUCCCGGUGCCAAUUUUCCUAUAAGUAGAAACAUUUAGUAUUAGUAUGUAUAAGACCUGUGUUUGUCUGAGACCUAUUAAUUGCGAUAUGUAGCAGAGUGGAGAAUAAAAACGUCAUUAUGUACAUCUGAAACGUACCUAUGUU